AUGGCUUCAAAGCCCACAAUGUCUCUAGCAUUGCUCUCUUUAGUGGUGGUGCUAGUUCUGGCUGUGGGGGCUAAUGCAGGUGGAAUUGCUAUAUAUUGGGGUCAAAAUGGAAAUGAAGGCACAUUAGCUGAAACUUGUGCUUCAGGGAAUUACCAAUUUGUAAACAUAGCUUUUCUCUCCUCAUUUGGCAAUGGCCAAACCCCCAUGAUCAACCUCGCCGGUCACUGUGACCCAUCGACGAACGAAUGUACCAAGUUGAGCCCACAGAUAAAGUCAUGCCAAGCCAAGGGGAUUAAGGUCAUUCUCUCCAUAGGAGGAGGUGCUGGCAGCUAUUCUCUAACCUCAGCUAAUGAUGCAAGGCAAGUUGCUACUUAUCUGUGGAACAACUUCUUGGGAGGACACUCCUCUUCAAGGCCAUUGGGAGCUGCUGUUUUGGAUGGAAUUGAUUUUGAUAUUGAGGGAGGGACCGACCAGCAUUGGGAUGACCUUGCAAGGUACCUCUCUGUAUAUAGCAAGAAAGGAAAGAAAGUUUACUUGACUGCUGCCCCACAAUGUCCCUUUCCUGAUGCUUGGGUUGGAAAUGCCCUUAAGACAGGCCUCUUUGACAAUGUUUGGGUUCAGUUCUACAACAACCCUCCCUGCCAGUACACUUCCGGAGAUGUGGCCAAUCUCGAAGACUCGUGGAAGCAAUGGACUUCAGCCAUUCCUGCACAUAAGAUUUUCUUGGGAUUGCCUGCUGCACCUCAAGCUGCUGGCAGUGGAUUUAUUCCUGCAACUGAUCUCAACUCACAAAUCCUUCCAGCUAUAAAAAAAUGGGCUAAGUAUGGAGGUGUCAUGCUCUGGUCCAAGUAUUAUGAUGAUAUCACUGGAUACAGCUCCUCCAUCAAGAAUCAAGUCUAG